AUACUAUCCGCAACAACAUUUUAUCCUCAAAUAAUCUGUCUCUAUUCUCUAUUGAUGAUCUUACUCUGAUUUCGCAAACCUCCAUGUUUCCGGCGACAACAACACCCGCGCCACUCUCUUCACACCUUUUUAUCAGACCUCCUUCUCUCUCCUCUUUCCUUUUCUCCGAUCUCCUUCUCCGUCCGCCAUGUUCGUCGCCAAAUCUUCUCUCUUCCCACCAUAACUUCUACUUCCCAAAUCUUCUUCCGAUCAAUCUUCGCUCCAAGUCCAGAUGCUUCGUCAAAUCUACGGCUGAAGAUCAAAUUAGCGAUUCUGAAACCCGUGAUUCCGGAGAUAUCCAAUUCCAGGAGACAGACGACCCAAAUUAUGACAAAAUUGAUCAUUAUUCCGGUAAUAAUCUUCCGAAGGCGAAUACUUCGCCGCCUUCUGAUUUGCUCUCUCUCGGAAUACCUGAACCUGUUUAUCAGGUGGUGGAGAUAAAGUCAGAUGGGAUGAUAUCGACUAAAACCAUUACUAGAAGGAAUCUACUUAAAACUAGUGGUCUUCGUCCUCGUGAUGUUCGUAGUGUUGAUCCAUCCUUGUGGUUGACGAACUCAAUGCCCUCAUUACUGGUUCGGGAACACGCUAUUCUUUUGAACUUGGGGUCAUUAAGGGCAAUAGUGAUGCAGGAACGUGUUCUCAUAUUUAACUACAAUCGGAGGGGAGGGAAAGCUUUCAUUGAUUCAUUGUUGCCUCGUUUGAAGCCUGAAAAUACCAAUGGAGUGCUGUCUAUGCCAUUUGUACUGGAGGUUGUUGAAGCAGCCUUGGUUUCAAGAAUACAGCGUUAUGAGAAGAGGAUGAUGGAAUUAGAACCUCGUGUUCAAUCACUACUUGAGGUUCUCCCCAACCGAUUAACUGGUGAUAUAUUGGAACAACUUCGCACUAGCAAGCAAACUCUGGUUGAGCUGGGAUCUCGAGCUGGGGAUCUCAGGCAGAUGUUACUUGAUCUUUUGGAAGACACAGAGGAAUUACGCAGAAUAUGUAUCAUGGGAAGGAAUUGCACAGUUAACAGAACAACCAACUCCUUAGAAUGUGCAGUCCCCUUGGAUAAAGAAAUUGCAGAGGAAGAGGAGGAAGAAAUUGAAAUGCUUUUGGAAAAUUAUCUUCAAAGGUGUGAAUCUGUCCAUGGUCAAGCUGAAAGGCUACUUGACUCUGCCAAAGAGAUGGAAGACUCACUUGCUGUAAACUUAAGUUCCCGGAGACUCGAAGUAAGCAAAGUGGAGUUACUCCUCCAAGUAGGCACAUUCUGUGUAGCAAUUGGAGCUCUGAUUGCAGGCAUAUUUGGAAUGAAUUUAAGGUCCUAUCUCGAAGAACAUGUGUUCGCAUUUUGGACCACAACCGCAGGGAUUAUGGUUGGAAUUGUGAUUGGAUUUUUCCUUAUGUAUUCAUAUCUCAGAAAAAGAAAAAUAUUGUAGCUUGUUUGCUCGUAAUUUGAAAUGUAAUCAGUUUAGUGUGCUCACCCCAUUGUUGGGCUGCUUCACUAGGUUAGCUAGCGUUAACAAGAAAAUGUAGUUUUGCACUUCUGCUUUCAUUCUUUAGAUUGGAGGGGGUUGCGACUUGUAACAUUGAGGGUGUAUAAUGAAUGUAAAUAAGGGACAUAUUGUUUCAGACUUUUCUGAUAGUAAUGGACUAUAUGGAAGUGUACCGAACUUCUGUUUGAGGUAUUUUGGUUUAUAAUUCUUUUCCUCGGA